UACCCUCACUUGCACGAACACUCUGAAGGAUCGCGCAACUCUGGCUGGGUGCCGCAGACAGAGAUGUCCAAAGCUGCUCCUAAACUCUUCAACAAGAACAACACCCUUAAGGGCGAGACAUGUGUGCACGAUCUGUUCAACCUCAAACACAAAAAUCGAGAAGGUUUCAGAGCACGCAAACCUCUGCCAUGGAUUGUUCACCGACAGCUAUGUCACUCGAUGGCCGGCUGCGAGGUCGGAGCAGAGGGAAACCUCAACGCACUUUUGGCAGAGAACAACAGAGACAAUCACGCAGCUUACCAGCGACUGCACGAUGACUACGCCAACUUCGUGAAGUCCAAGCACAAGUCUGCGGGCAAAGAGCGCAGCAAGUCUACUGUCCGAGCUUCGAACCCUGCCACCGAAUCGCCCCAUCCGGACACCGAGUUGAUUAAGACAGCCGCUGGUCGCUCGGAGAAGUGUAAGUUGACUGUCAACGAUGAGGAGGUUGCUCGCCAGCGUCAAGCCCCGAUCGCAAGAUUGAACGGGGCUUUCGCGAAGAUGCCAGACUUGAAGCUGCUCAUGGCGAACCAAAAGACCAAACACUGGACCAGUCUUCGGGUGUUAUUGGCAAGUCAAUUGUUGCUCAGAACAAGGAGUUGCAAGACGAGGUUGCUCGUCUCAGAUGAGAGCUUGACGGGAUCAAAAAGAUGGUGGUCAAUAACCACGGCAAAGUUAUCCAUCAUGCCAAGACGAUUGGCAGCUCCGAUAGUGAGAGAUGUCCGUAUUCGUGCACUCGAGGAUGCCUCGUCGGGUCCUGUCAGUCUCGAUGGACUAUCUGGCCACAAUGAAAAGCACGGCGAGGACAGUCCCACGACUUCUAACGGCCACAUGUUGACUUACGAUAACUUGAAUGCCAGCCAAUCGCUCACCGGUGACCUCGGCGGUGUUAAGCCGUGGUUGACUGCAACCUCCAACGACACCGUCCAGGACCAAGGCUCUCUUGCCGGUAACCCUGAGCCUACCAUGCCUAUUCAGAUCGCAACCUUUGAGCCCGAAAGUUUUCGGAAAACAUUUGCAUAUUUAGGUUGGCACGAGCGAAGCAGGGCUUACAAUUCCUCGGUCGAUAACUUGAUGAUAGGUAUCGCUCUGACGAGACCGAGCGGACCUUGA